GAAUGAGACUAGUUGGUCAGGAGCCAGGAGGACACGGAGGAGCAGGUGCUCCAAUGCCACUUCAACCAUUGGUGCAACAACAGAUGCUUCCAAGGGGACCCUUUGUCUAUCAUCAUGCUCAUGGUCCGGUGGCUUAUGGCACGGGUGGACAGGCAAUGCCCUUUCAGAGCUUGGUCACGGCCCUUGCCAAUGCUAGUCCUGAAAUGCAGAGACAGAUCCUUGGUGAUGCUUUAUACCCGUUAGUAGAAAAUCUGGUGCAUGACUCAACCACAACAGGAAGGGUUACUGGUAUGCUUUUAGACUUGGACCAGCCUGAGGUAUUACAUCUGCUUGAGGAACCAAAUGCUUUCAGGAUCAAAGUUGACGAGAUGAUAAAUACCUUGAGAGACAAAACAAUUGAUAGACUCAAGUCAAUCUCUAUCCUUGAUUAA